AUGCAAAUGGAACCAUGGCGGAAACGAGGGUUUGUCCCAGAUUCAGACGAGGACGAUGGCUUGGAUUCCACCCCCGACACAGACAAGUCGGCGGUGGAGGGCCUCGAUGAGGAACCCGAUCUUGAAUAUAUUACCCUUCCUCCGACGGAUCCAGACCUCCCUCAGCCUCUUCCAACUCAGUCUUCGGAAGCGAGGGAUGCCACGGCACCAUCUGAAGACGCACACAAUGUCGAAAUAUGGGAGGGAUCCCAAGAACUCGGAAAACAAAUAUCAUCACCUUCGAACAAUAUUACGUUGAGACAAGUGCCGGACUUUGACAAGACGAACGCAUGGAAGCAGACUCCCUCGGAAGAAGCGUUGACAAAUUCAAGGCGAAGAGCACGGACUUAUGGUAAAAGACAUUCGGCGGCACAGCCAACUGAGGACAAGACUCAUGACCUUCAAGUCAUUCUCCCGGACCUCGAUCACGACAUAUGGGAUAUACCUAGCUCGCCCGCUGCUCAGAGCAGAUUUCAUCACCAGGCCGAGAAGCAAAGAGCAAGCCUGAAUACCGCUCGAGUCGUGCCCAGCUCAGAACCCCGGGCUAUUGGAUCGUUCAAUUCACAAACCAGACAGCCGAGCUCACGCAGCUCUUCUCCGGACGAGCUAGCUUUUAUCAUACCGCCGUCAAGAGUGACCGCAACUCAGAUCCCUGCUGAGGAUGAGAAUACCAGACCGCGAAAGUCUCCAACGACUGCGUCAUUCUUGAACUCUCGGCCCCUGGGGAGCGAACCAAAUUUACAAGAUGCUGAGCCUCCCAGGCAAGAUUUCACUGAACAGUUUCCCCUUGUGCGAAGGGCUUUUCGGGAGCGCAAUGCCAUUCAAUUACAUCCUUACGCACUCGAAAUGGCAAAGUAUCAAAGACUGAUGCAGGAGCGUGGAAUCAGACCCGUUCGAACAGUCGCUGCAACUGAGAAAGGCUCACGUAACGAAGCAACAGAUGAAAGCCAGGAGCAGGAUGAUUUCAACCCAGCCAAUCUUUGUUCUAGUCCUCCCCCAGAGGAGUUCAUCCAGCCGAGAAAAACCUCACGGCGCGAUGAUACUGGACGAGCCCCGCAACAACAUCGAGCAAACGACCACAGAAAGCUUGCUAUCCAAAGGUCCAGCUCUCAAAAACGAAGGAAGACAACGCACUCGACGAGCAAUCAUGGGAUUGGUCAAACUCCGGGAAAUUCUGAUAGGCCAAAUCUUGUCGUUAGUGUUGACAGCACGCCUCGGGUACAAGAUCCACGGUCUCCUUUCGAUAACAGCCCGUCGCAGGCAAGAAAUCUCGUCUCUUCUCUUAGAACUCUCAAGAGCCUUGGUCAGCGCGAGCUCACUCCACCGACAACUAUGACAAUCAGUGUCGAUUCCGACUCUGGCGAGAUAGUAACACCGAUAGCUCGAGGGGAUCAGAGCAACGCCAAGAACACAUAUGAUAUAGUGUCACUGUUCGAUAACGAUGAUAUUUUUGACUCUGAUGAAAGUCAUCAGUCGUUUACGGAUCACGAGGAAGAGCCUGAGGAUCGACUGAUUCGUGACCUGCAAAAAAAGACUCGCGGUGUUUUACCUGCUUCUUGGGUUCGCUUGAACGCUGAACAGACCAGCGAUCGACAAGCCGCGCAAAGAGCUCGCCGUGAACUCGCGAUCUCCAGGACGGAAGGCAAAGGCGUAGCCAAGAAGAUCAGUCGAAAGCUUGGUUCAACCCCAGGCGCCCAAACUCAGUCGAGUCGUGCCUUUUUCGACCUUGGAGACGCCGAAGAGACCGAGAAUGAAAGCUCCGAUCACAAUCAAAGUGUGAGAAAUCCGGUGUCAAGAAAGAGCAAAAUCGACAGGCAAUUGGGGCAAAGGGUGCAACGAAACAAUUUUUCUCCUGUAGAGGGAGACGACAUGGAGGACAAUCGCAUUGAUUACAUGCUGGCGCCGAUGUCUCGCAGGGAGUCUGGCCCGGGGCCUGCUCGAGGAUUGAAGCGUGUCAAAUCAAAGGAAAGUGCGGAUCAAAAGGAACGUCGGCUGAAGAGAGCACGCCUUCAAAGACAAACAAGGCUUACUGAUUCUUCCUAUGGUGGACGACGCACAGAGAGAUCAUCUCCACGAGUGUCACGGCGACGAGGCAUCUUAGAUGCUCUUGACGUCGCUGAUCGGCCUCGCGCGGAACAGCCUCAAUUUUUGCGAGUAGCUGCUAGGCGCGCUCGAGCACGUCGAGAUCAGGGACGUCAAAGCCCUACCCAGAAGUUCGUGCAGCUGAGUUCAAGACAAGACACAAUUGACGCCAAUCAAUCAUUGCGUGACUGGAAGAGAGGGGCAAUACCACGAAGUAAGACAAGCAAAGUCAACUCAGAGUCUCGCAAGCCCCAGGGGGCCAAAGGUCUUCAGGGUGGUAGGCGCAACCUCGCUACUCCGGCUCAAGGUUGUCACAUCACGAAACACUUCAAGCGCGACACGCCUGAGCACGUUUCAAACACAGAUAUGCUGCCUUCGCCUAACGAACCCUCGGCACAUGCUCGUUCGAUCGCUACUGAGUCUGCUCCGCCUGCAGCUGAAAAUGUAAAUGGGGCUCCAUCAGCGCAAGCAGCCCGCGAGGGUCGCCAGUGGGUCGUUGAGAGGCGGAUGCCAAUUAUUUCAUUGAGACGAAGUGAUCCUCGACCGGCUCCCACAAGCCUCGCUGCGCCGAUCGAGGCAGCGCCGCCUUCAAAGCAAGCAUUCAGCCGCUCUCUACACCUGAUAAAUCGCAGUUUUCGAAGUGAGAAGGCAUCUCGACCCUUCAAGUCUAGCCUGACCCUGGACCGUUAUAUCACCGACAAAGGCAGCCCAGCUUCUGGAAAUCUCUCAGGGCGACUGCCGCUUGAGGUUGAUACAAACUCGAUUAAUGCAAAGCCUGCUCCAUUGCGUCGUGCGAUGAAAAAGCAAAAUCCAACUCGUCUUGACAUCGAAUCAGAUGAGUACUUACAGUCUGAGAAUGUGAUAACCGCACUCCCCGAUGACAUUGAUUCCGACUCGCCCACAAUCACUCAUGUUGCACCGACCUCAAAGGCAUCCUUUAAUGUUGCUGGAAUCUUCAACUGGCAACGACAAUAUCCCAUCGACUUCGACGUGCAACCUUUGCGGGAGGGAACAUUUUUUCACGAGUCUACAUUCAUCGGCAGUGGGGAGCUGACUCGUUCCUUUCAUGUUCUGAAACGGGACUUGGACACGACAGUGGGCUUUACGUCUAUCGUGGCUGAGAAUGAAACGUUUCACUGGGGACCGUGGAAUGAACUGACAUCCACACAAAUGGGGGUUAUCUUUGCAAAUAUCGCAGAGACUGUCCAAAGACACGCAUCGUCUGUUCUUUCGGAUGACAGAGGAUCAGGCUUGCUGAUGGCGGCUCAUGCCUAUCGAUCAAUCAUUGAUUAUGUGACCACUCAUCUAUCAUUCAUCGACCCAGUCGACCGCAUUGGCUUCACGUCGAGGGCAACUGCAUUAGUUUCUUCGUUACAGGACUCAGUAGCCGCUUCUAUCGCGGGACGGGUGAACACACAAUCUGGUCUGGUGAGAAUCGCGUGCUAUAACGCGGUCUUUGCGAAUCAAAUCCGCCAAAUGUCGAUCCAGCCCUCCAUUGUGAAUCAGAUGACACAUAGUGUUGGAACUGUUGAAAAUCUAAUAAAGUUGAGUAGCGCCGACAGUCUUGCGCUAGUCAUGUCUGAUUCAGGGAUGGUCGAUAUCCGACGGUUUGUGGAGGAGCAUAACACGUCUGCGCAGCGAGAGACUGGCUUGCGCGACCAGUAUCCUGCGGUGGAAGCAUUCGUCAUCCUCAAAAUGUUGUUUCGCAACUCGGACGCUCUCGGUGAAGCGUAUCACGACCUUCAAAACGAUGCAUUGAUCAAAUAUGUCGUCCAUAACGACAAGAACAUUGCACAUCUUGAGGCUGGCUGGCGUCGCCUUUUCUCACUGCUUCCAUUCAAUGAUUUUGACGAUCAUGGGAUAGUUCGUCGUAAAACCCGUUCCCAAUUUGCGCACGACAACUGGAUGCUCGUCAAAAGGCUCGUGUCACCGGUGCUAGCAAGCUACGGGACUUGCUCUGCAGUGCAGCCCAUUUCCUUCAAUCUCUACUGUCGCGCAAUAUUCCAGAGAUGUCAUCGUCUGAUCAAUCGCUGGGCCUGGAGAGAGUGCCGGCCGGUCUUGGAUACUUUGUAUGACUUCUUCGCUCAGAACAAACUCUACAAUCUGAAGCUCGAAGAAAGCCGCGGAUCUCCUUCAUUCCUUGAUCAACUUGAUCAGAGCCCCUCCCUUGAACCACUGCCUGGUGAACCCUGCUUUCACACUCUCCUCAAAAUCAUUGCUAGCGGUCUUCGGUUCCUAGCCGAGAGAUACGAUCCGAAAAAGGUUCGCAAUUUCGCGUGGCGGCUGCUGCCAAACCAUGGUCGUGUGUUUCCAAAAGAGAAGCAGCUGUUACGUGAAGAUCUUGACGCCCUGAGAAACCACCAUGACCUUCUCUGUACCCUGUACUGGGUGAUUCCAGCCGGUCUGCGUUUCAGGAUUGAGAUCAUUAAAGAUAUUGUUCACCCAGCCAGCUCACACAACGAGACUUGUACUAUCAAUUUACGAGCAUGGGCAAGACUUGUCCGGUUCAAAUUGUCCACGAACGAAAAUUUGGCUGAGUUGGAGCCAUUCGCCACCUGGCACGCGUUCUUCCUCAGUGAGCUUCGACAACAACAUUCCUUGGCAAGGAAAGAGGGAGAGUCCUUGGGCAAAACUGGCGAGCACGUCUCGCGGCAACUCAUUGAAGCUAAUAUUGCGAACAACCAGCGGCCGAUCGAGAAUCUGCUUUCUGUUGCAUUAAAUGGCAUGCAAAGUGCUAUGGAACGAGCACAUUCUCUUGAGCAAGCCUUGCGGCUCAUCGCGAAAACGCCUUUUGACUCGCUUUUGGGACUUUUCAACCCUAAGCAAGCGCGAGUUAACGCCGUCGUUUCUGAUGCGCUGAAGGUGAUUGUCGCGUAUAUCAACAAAGACGCUGCUGUAAGUGCUGGCGUUCAAAUGCCAAAAUCGGCACCUGUAGUCGCACCUCAGCCAGAAGAUGACAGUCAAGAAUUUGAGGAUGUUGACUGGGAUGAAAGUCUUGACGAUGCAGUCACGGCGCCCAAUCAAACGAGUGAAGGUGUUGAUCAUGUUCAGAAUGUUCUUCAUUCGGCAGUCUUCAGGCUACUUUCGAACUGCUUUGGUGAAGAUCAAUGCCCUGAGGACUCGAUUCUGACGGACAUCGUAGAUUGUUGGACGUCGGUUGCGCAAAUCAUGGUCUUCCACCAACUGAGACAAUGGGACAAUUAUUUGGACCCAGUCAGCGUCGAAUCAUGGGCGAGUCUUCGAGACACAAUUCAGACAAGGAAAUUCACGCCGCGUUUUCUGGCCGCAUGUAUCGAGAAAGACAAGCGCAUUCUCAAGGAUAGCCGGGUACUCGUGACGAGUGCGUGGAUUGCCUCACUGGUGGAGCGGACCUCGAUGUUGAAGUUCCAACACCGUCUUACCGAGGCGAUUUUGAACUGCAAGGUUGACGAUCCGUUGCUGCAAAAUCUGCCGUUUGCUGUUGAGAAGAAGAGCAAUCGUUAUACGAUCAGUCUGGAAGAUAUGAGUCAGCGGCGAGUGUCCUUGCUGUCGAGCUUGUUGUCAAACAUGCGUGGACAUAUCUUAAGGCUCGAAGUGGUCGCCAGCCCUGAUAUGAACGUUGUCCGGCACGAUUACUCGGAAAUACUGAGGAGAUUGAUGAUGGCAAUGCGAAGUAACUAUCAAGAGCUCGGAAGCGGUCCAGACGGAAAUGCACAUGGUGCCUAUGUCGAAUUUGUCCACCGCAUCAUCACGUACUUGCAAGAGCUCACCAGCGACAUUCGCCCCGUCGAUCCAUUCUUCACCGAUCCAGCUGUGUUUCCAUUGCCCUCCUCUGAUCCACGCUACGUUGUUGCAAAGCUGAAACGCUAUGAGCCAAAAUUGUCGUCCAGCAAGGAACUUCAAACUCUGGCAGUGUUCAUACAAAGCAUCGUAGAGAGAGCAACUAUGGACGGUCAGCAAGACCAACUCGUCGGUCAGCUCCAUUCAGCUAUGAGAGAAAGCUAUGAAUCGGGCACGAAUACGAAUCCCACUCUGCGUGCUGUCCUUCUGCAAUGUGUGUUCCCAGCUUACAUUGAGCUCAUGUUCAGCACCACAACUGCCUGGUUGCUCAGCAUGCCUUUGCUCAAGAGCGUCUCGCUCGUGUUCGACGAUUUGCUCUUCAGUAUGGACACAACGGACUCGCUGUGCGUCUCGUCAAUACUGUGCAUCUUCAAUUCCGUGUUUCACUCAGUUUCACAGGCGCUCGGUCCUUUCACGAGCCGGCCAAGCAAACUUCAAGAACCCACGACCAUAAUCAUGCUCACUGUCUUAGUUGACAUGAUCUCUUCCUCCCUUUCUGUGAUCGACUACGUCGACCGCGUAACGGAUGCAGCAGACAGUAUUCUAUCAUACAUCGACUGGUUCCGGGACUUCUUCGUCGCUGUUUCCGCAUUGCAGGCCGAACGGAGUUUGGAUGCUGCGGUCAGUGGAUUCAGUAUCUUGCCUAUGGAGCCACCUCCCCACUUCUCGGCCAACGGUCUGUCUCCGCAACUAGCCACUGCCAGACGCUUUGCAUUUGAUGAUCAUCGCUUGUGUUUGGGAAAUUGGUCUCACCAUGAUGGCAAAUACUACUAUAACCGUUCGGGCCACGAUCCGAAGCUCGUGAAUUUAGAGCCCACCCUUAGGGCUUCGCUGGAAGAUGUGGGUGCAGUGAGACUUGAUUUACAAGAUGCAGUGUCUGACUUUGUGGCUCGAGUGAAGCAAUUCGACUUGCUGUCGAAGUGA